AUGCAAAACAUACAGAACGAGCAGAACAUGCAAAACAUACAGAACGAGCAGAACAUGCAAAACAUACGGAACGAGCAGAACAUGCAAAACAUACGGAACGAGCAGAACAUGCAAAACAUACAGAACGAGCAGAACAUGCAAAACAUACAGAACGAGCAGAACAUGCAAAACAUACAGAACGAGCAGAACAUGCAAAACAUACAGAACGAGCAGAACAUGCGAAAGAUACAGAACGAGCAGAACAUGCAAAACAUACAGAACAUGCAGAACCUGAGCCGUGUUCAGAGACCUCAAAGUCACAUCUGA